CAUAGUUAUUCAUACAUUUUUCCCGUGCGAUGAAGUCAGAAAUGGCAAGAAGAGACCAAGCAAGCCAAGCAUUGUAUAUACUACUGGCAUUACAAAGCUGAAGAUGUCAGUUCUUAUGAAACGAAGCCAUUAUUAUUAUUAGUACACGCAUGACCGCAUAAUCCUACGUACACUUGUUGUUAUAGAUCUCUCUCUCUUUUUUUCCCCUUCCUUCUGCGAGACAAAUGAUUGUUUACGAAGCAAAACUACGACCACCACCAUUGACCACUCAUUGUACCUUUUGCUAUAUAGCCUGUGAGAAUGAUGAACAUAAUAAUGGAGCCCAUUGAAGGACAUAAUAGUGUUGGGAUUGCUAUUGAUGAAUGAUCAACCAAAUUAAUUACGGGUAGAGAGCGGAUACGUUGAACGACUGGAGACAGGAGUCUCCAUUCGUGUUUCAUUGUUAUCCACAUGUUUUAGUAGGAGAGAUCAGCUAUAAAUCCCUGAAAAAGAGCACACGAAACUGAACUCCUGAAGUAAUCCAUUCGUGUUCAUUGUAAUCCAUCUGUCUCAAUUGGUCUCCGAUGGACUACCACAUUGCGACCAACUAGUUAUACUUAACAUUUUAACCAUUGUAUAAAUAUAAUAACAAAGGAAACUAAUUUUUUUUAUGCGGCAUCGGGAGAAUUUCGUAUCAAUUAUUAUUUUUUCACAAAGCCAUCAUUUAUUAACAAAUAAUCAGCAUUACCAGGAAUUGGAUUUUAUUUUUGGUUCAUCCAUCCAACAAUUAAUCAUCACAUAAAAUCCACAUUACGGUCAAUUAAUCAAGCUAAUUAAUUACAGUUUUAUGGUCAAUCGAUCCGUGGAAAUCCAUUGGCUGUGGCCUGCGGAUUGCAGUGCAAUCAGUGACAGAAGAAGAAACCAACUUUAGGAGUGAAAAAGAAAAUACAAAGACAAAUAUGCCAAGAAAACAUUCUUCUAUUUCGAUUAGCUGUCGUAAUUUCCUGCUCGCGUAUUCAUACAUCAUAAUAAUCAUCAUCAUCAUAUCAUAAUCCCGUUAAUUCCGGCAAAAUAUAUAAAAAAUGCCCGGAAAAAUAAAUUCAAAUUUCAGUUUUUUUUUUUUUUUCCUCUUUCGAAAAUUGAUUGUUAUUAAAUAAAAACACGCGGUUUUAGUUAGCUCCCUUCCCGUCGCUUAUCCUCUCUCUCUCUGUUCCGUCUCUUUCUCUCUCAUAAUUCUGCCUUCUCACUCUCUCACUCACUUCCAUACUCGCACUUCAAAGCACAGCAGCAGAGCUCUCUCUCUCUCUAUCUUUCUCGCUCAAGACCGCUGGCCUUUUCCUCUUCUUCCCUCUCUCUAUCUAUUCUUUCAAGAAGCCUCGCCAUAAUCGCCCGAAGAGGAAACCCUAGGCGCAGCGCUUCAGAUCUGCGCUUCCCCAUUUCUGGAGCUCUUGUUGUUGUUUCAUUGAUAUGCAUUCCUCGGUGGCGGAGCUGUAGCUGAGAUUUUGAAAUCAGGGGAAAAUGUCCGGCUCCAACCCGAAAGCCCGACCGAAGCCCGGCCCGUGGCCACCAGCACCGGACGCGUCCCCAUUGCCGCCGGCUACCUGGGCUAAGAAGACCGGCUUCCGCCCCAAGUUCUCCGGCGAGACCAAUGCCAGUGAUUCCGGCCAGAUUUCUCUGCCUCCAAGGCCCAGAGAGCAUCGGGAUGCCCAGCCCGAUCUUGAGGCCGGACGGGGACGGCCUGCGCAGGCGGCGGCGGCGCCAUCGCCAGCUCCCACGCCGUCGCCGGCGACAGCUGCAGUUGCGGUGCCUGCUCCUCCACCUGGACGGGCAGGGGCUGCCCCUGCCCCUGCCCCUGCUGUGAAUGGGGGGACGGAGACGGUGGUGCCACCGUCGGCAAACAACAAGAAGGAUCAGUCAGUGAAGAGGAGGAGGGAUUCCGACGGCGGAGGCGGUGGGGCUCAUAGGAAGGAGCCGUCGGGUGGUAACGGAGGAGCAAAUGGGCAAGGGAAUUCGGAAGGCGGCACGAGGAGAGCUACGAGGAACGACGAAGUAAUUGAUGUGUUGCCUCAGGAAGAUGAAGGUUUCCCGGCAAGGCAUUCGCAUAUGAAGUACGAGCUAAGGGACACACCGGGCCUUGUUCCAAUUGGUUUCUACGGAUUGCAGCAUUACCUCUCAAUGUUAGGCUCUUUGAUUCUGAUUCCGCUUGUCAUAGUUCCAGCAAUGGGCGGUUCCCAAGAGGAUACUUCGAUGGUGGUGUCGACGGUGCUAUUCAUUUCCGGGGUUACUACGCUUCUUCAUACGUCUUUCGGUUCGAGGUUGCCGUUGAUACAAGGCCCAUCGUUCGUCUUCCUAGCUCCGGCAUUAGCCAUAAUCAACUCACCGGAGUUUCAAGGCCUAAAUGGAAAUCAUUUCAAGCAUAUUAUGAAGCGGCUGCAGGGUGCUGUUGUGAUAGCUUCGGCCUUUCAAACAAUACUCGGAUAUAGUGGACUGAUGUCUAUAAUCUUAAGAUUGAUCAAUCCUGUAGUUGUUGCUCCUACCAUAGCAGCCGUCGGACUUUCUUUCUAUAGCUAUGGUUUCCCUCUAGUUGGUACCUGUAUCGAAAUCGGAGCUGUGCAGAUAUUAUUCGUUAUCAUCUUUUCUCUUUACCUCCGGAAGAUAUCAGUGUUUGGCCACCGCAUAUUCCUGAUUUAUGCGGUUCCGCUGGCUUUGGGUAUCACAUGGGCUAUGGCUUUCCUCUUGACAGAAACAGGAGCCUAUAGUUACAAGGGCUGCAAUGCGAACAUUCCUGCUUCAAAUAUUAUAUCUGAACAUUGCAGAAAGCGGAUAUCAAGGAUGAAGUUCUGCCGUGUUGACACUUCUCGUGCAUUGACAUCUUCCCCAUGGUUUAGGUUUCCAUAUCCACUUCAAUGGGGUACUCCUGUUUUCGAGUGGAAAAUGGCUGUGCUAAUGUGUGUGGUGUCCAUUAUCUCAUCCGUGGAUUCGGUUGGCUCUUAUCACGCAUCAUCGUUGCUGGUGGCAUCUAGGCCCCCAACACCAGGUGUACUUAGUAGGGGAAUUGGGCUUGAAGGUCUCUGCAGUGUCCUAGCUGGUCUAUGGGGUACUGGAACUGGCUCCACAACGCUAACAGAGAAUGUGCAUACUCUUGCUGUGACUAAAAUGGGUAGCCGAAGAGCAGUUGAGUUAGGUGCGUGCAUCUUGAUUGUCUUAUCGCUCGUAGGGAAAGUAGGGGGGUUUAUUGCUUCGAUCCCACUAGUCAUGGUAGCAGCUCUACUCUGUUUCAUGUGGGCAAUGCUAACAGCUUUGGGAUUGUCGAAUCUACGAUAUAGCGAGGCCGGAAGCUCUCGAAACAUCAUCAUCGUUGGGUUAUCCUUAUUCUUCUCUCUAUCUGUACCAGCCUACUUCCAGCAAUACGGUAUCUCUCCAAAUAGCAACUCGUCAGUCCCUAGCUAUUUUCAACCCUAUGUUGUAGCGUCUCAUGGUCCAAUCCGAACUACAUUUGGAGGGUUGAACUACUUCCUCAACACGCUACUCUCGCUCCAUAUGGUGGUUGCUUUCAUCAUGGCCGUGAUCUUGGACAACACGGUGCCAGGAAGCCGGCAAGAACGUGGUGUAUACGUGUGGUCUGAUGCUGAAACAGCAAGGAGGGAGCCUGCUGUGGCCAAGGACUACGAGUUGCCCUUCAGAGUUGGUCGGCUUUUCAGAUGGGUAAAGUGGGUUGGACUGUGAGAGGGUGAAGGAAGAAACAAACACAAGAUGAACUCUCAAAUGGGGUUGGGCGACUCUGCAAGUCCAUUUUGCAGCUGGCUUUUGUUUGGUGAAACAGCAACAGCGGAUUUAGCUGCGACUAUGCGAGUAGGUUUUCGUUCAUCACGGGCACGGAGAAGAGAAGAGCACCUUAGAUAGCUAGCAAAGUCGGACGACCGAUAAUAGAUAAGUUACGAUCCUGAGUUCAUCAAUCCUAUUUUUCUCUGUACAUUUUCUGGAUCCAUUGAUGUAUCUGGCCGUGUUGUAAUUUAAUCUCUUAAAUUUUUUAAUUUUGGCCUGUUCGUGUAUCUAUAUUAGUUCUGGUCUUCUUGAUUCAUUUGGACCAUUUUCUGGGGGGUGGGAAGGUGGAGAGAAAAUGAGGGGGGAAAAAGUGAGAAAUCCAGUCUCUAAAAUCUUUUCUGUUCUUAGUUGUGUAUAUUAUUAUAAAGAAAAAUCCCAAUA